AUGGGCUCCCUCCCGCGGGGAGAUGUCAGCGCGCUGUCAGCCCUCUGUAGCAUCAGGCUGCUAUUGGGAGAGAAGCUUGCGAGGGUAGAGGCGCCGCUUUCUGAGCUGGCGAGGGUAGAGGCGCCGCUUUCUGAGGAGGAUGCACUCAUCAUGGCCCGCCUUCGGAGAGAGGGAGCGUCGCCGGGUGAGCCGUGGCGGCUCUCGCCGUAG